UCGUCUGCUCGAACUCAUGGGAGACUACGCACCACCCGACUUCACCCCUGCUACCGGCGAGGAUCACACCUUUACCAGCAAGCUUCCUCCUGCAACAGUCCCGGAGCUUACAAUCCCUCAGUACGUUUUCCAAGGAGUAGAGAGUUACCUGGAGAGAGUAGCGAUCGUGGACACCUCCGAUGGCCGAGAGUACACGUACAGGCAGCUCAAGCGGCUGGUGGAGAACUCGGCCGCAGGAAUGGUCCAGCACGGGCUCAAGAAAGGCGACGUUGUGCUUGUCAUUCUUCCCAACAUGGCCGAAUACUUCAUCGUGGUGCUCGGAGCCAUGGCCGCCGGUGGAGUCUUCUCGGGUGUGAAUCCAGCGUCUCCCUCGGUUGAGAUCGAGAAGCAGGUCAGGGACUCCGAGGCCAAGAUGGUGAUCACGAACUUGGCCGGUUACGAAAAAGUCUGCCAUCUUAAGUUGCCGAUCGUCGUCAUUGGAGAGAAUCCACCCCCGGAAGCGAUUCCUCUUAGCUCCCUGUUCGAAGCUGACGGUCAGGCUGCUCUUCCAUUUUCCACCAGUCCAGAUGAUCUCUGUGCUCUUCCUUACUCCUCUGGAACAACCGGCGUAUCCAAGGGAGUGAUGCUGACACACAGGAACAUCCUAUCAAUCCUCAGCCAAACUCUCGCCGACUACGAGAGAAUUCCACCCGAGAUCCGUGAGACCCUUCCACAGUACUGCGCUCUGGGACUGAUGCCGUUCUUCCACAUCUACGGUAUCACUGGCAUUGGCUGCUCUACCAUGAGGCUCAAAGGGAAAGUUGUCGUCAUGGAGCGGUACGAGCUGAGAAAGAUGCUGGAGGCUCUCAUCAAGUACGAAGUCCAGUUUGCUCCCUUGGUGCCACCGAUUAUCCUGUCCCUCGUGAAAAAUCCCCUGGUCGACGAGUAUGAUCUCAGCAAGCUGAAGCUCAAUGCCGUCAUGACCGCAGCCGCACCGCUCGCACCAGAGCUCCAGCGAGCAUUCGAAGCAAAAUUCCCAGGCGUCGAAAUGAGACAGGCGUAUGGGUUGACGGAAUAUAGCUGUGUUACGCUCUCCCACUGCGCACCUGGACAUGCGAGAGGCAACGCAAAAAAGGGAUCAGUCGGAUUUAUCAUACCAAACACGGAAAUGAAGUUCAUAGACCCGGACACGGGUAAAUCCUUACCAGCGAACACUCCUGGAGAGAUUUGCGUCCGCGGAGGAGCUGUAAUGAAAGGCUAUUAUAAAAAUCCAGAUGCAACAAAAAGCACAGUCGAUGACGAGGGCUGGCUACAUACCGGAGACGUAGGAUACAUUGAUGACGACGGUGACAUUUUCAUCGUUGACAGAGUAAAAGAGCUGAUCAAAUAUAAAGGCUUUCAGGUUCCACCAGCGGAGCUGGAAGCAAUUCUAAUAUCUCAUCCUCUCAUUGAAGACGUGGCUGUCAUACCAUUCCCGGAUGAAGCUGCUGGAGAGAUUCCUGUGGCAUGCAUCGUGAGGAAGCAAGGAAGCGAUCUCUCGCAGGAAGAAAUCUUUGAUUUUGUCUCGUCCAAGGUUGCAGCUUACAAAAAGAUACGAAGGAUUGAAUUCGUGUCAGAAAUUCCCAAGUCACCAGCCGGGAAGACCAUGCGCCGGCUGCUUCGCGACAGUCUCUUGAAACACAAAACCUUGAGUAAAUCAAGCUAGCUUCCUCCGGUAGUC